GGAAGGGAUGGUAGUAGUUGGGAGAAAUCCACUGAGAUUGCCAAAUUGCCGAACUGAGGUUUGGUAGUUCAGACAUUGCCUGAAGAGCUAUGAAGAGCUGGCUACUCUUGGUUGCUGCUGUUCUUCUCUGGCCUGGGAGCUCUUCUCAAAAUGCAUGUGAAGAACCAGAUGAGAUUGACUUUGGGGAAAUUGUGAGUGCUGAGAAAGCCAAGUAUCUGGAAAAUGACCGAGUGCAAUACAGGUGCAACCCUGGCUAUGUCUUGGAAGGACCUGAAUGGAUUCAGUGUAAGGGACAAAAAUGGACACCUCAUCCACCAAAAUGCUUGGCACCCUGCAGUAUCACAAGGCAACAGCUAGCAACAAAAAACUUGUUUGUAUUUGGGAGUCAAAGAAAAGCUCGACUUAUUCAGAGUAAUCAUAGCCUGCAAUUUCAAUGCAAUGAAGGAUAUGUCAUUGUGGUUCCAUCAGUCAGAAAGUGUGUUGACGGUUACAUGGAGUUGCCUUUAUGUAUCUCUGAAAGAGGGCAAAAUUGCAGUGGUCCACCAAGAACUGAGAACGGAGACGUUACUACUUUAUCUGAGAAGCAGUACAAAUCUGGCUCUUCAGUAGAAUUCAAAUGCCAAACUUAUUAUGCCAUGGAAGGCCAAAAAAGAUCUUUUUGUGAUGAUGGGACCUGGACAAAAGUACCCAUUUGCCUUGAUCCCUGUGUGAUCUCCAGGACUGAAUUGGAAAGCCAGAAGAUAGAAGUUAAAGAUGGAAUAGAGGUGCCUGACAAUAUAUUUGUUCAACGUGGUCUUUCCAUUGAGCUGACCUGUAGAACAGGAUAUGUCCUGGAAGCAAAUUCUUCCCAAUCAACUUUUGUAAUCCAGUGUGAUGGGACACCACCCAUGAUUCCUAAAUGCAAAGAAAUUACAUGCAAUUCUCCAAGAAUAUCAAAUGGUUCUUUCCGACCUCAAAGAACUUUAUACCAUGAUGGGGAUCUAAUUCGAAUUCUGUGUGACAGUGGAUUUACUUUUGAACCUGAUAAUGGAGAAAAGGUAGUUGAGUGCACGAGAAACGGAUGGUCACUUUCACCAAAAUGUGUCAAUGCAAUGUGUCCCACACCCCCUAUAGUUGAAAAUGCUGAAAUUAUUGAAGAUACAAUGAAGAAGUACCUGAAUGGCGAGAAAAUAAAUUAUCAGUGUAAUGAUGGUUUUGAUAUACAUGGAUCAGCUGCUGUAACAUGUAGACAAAAUAACUGGUCACGCUUGCCAAGAUGUGUAGAUGUAAGAUGUUCUUCUCCCCAUCGAAUUCAAAAUGGUCAGAUUAUUGGUGAAAUAAAGGCAAAGUAUUUGCCCCGGGAGAAGGUGCAGUAUCGAUGUUACAUAGGUUAUGCUCUUCUUGGAUCUCCUUUCAUUACAUGUUCGAAGAAUGGUUGGACAGAAACACCACGUUGUACAGAUAUUGGGGGAAAAUGUGGACGUCCACCUUAUGUGGAGAAUGGAGACAUUGUGGACUCACCCAAGCUAAUCUAUUUACAUUCUGAAAGUGUAAUUUAUCAGUGCCAAAAUUAUUAUACAAUGCAAGGUUCUCCAAGAGUGACUUGUCAAAAUGGUCGUUGGUCACAAACACCAACAUGUAGAGCUGCUUGUUCAGCAAGUGAAGAAGAUUUGAGAGAACACAACAUAAGGCUGAAGUGGGACAACGGGGAUAAAAUAUAUUCUCAGGAUGGAAAUGUAGUGGAAUUUGUAUGCUUAAGAAACUACAUACCACAUCCAGAUACCAGAUCAUUUAGAGUUAAUUGUGUGGAUGGGAAAUUUAACUAUCCGCGUUGCAUUCCUAGAACUGCGUAAAUGAAGAACAGGAUAUAUACAGCACCCUUUAAACCAGAAGAUGAACGUCUGAAAUCAUGUAUCAUUCUCUUUAAUAUAACCACAUGAAGCUGGAUUGUAUACAAUUAUAAAUGGUGGAUCCAAACCUAAAAGCCUACUCUGUAAAAGACAGAUUUUACCAACUGAAAUUACUGUGAAAAUGAUAACAUUUAAAAACAAGUUUAUAGAACAUCUUUAAGGCAGAUAAAAUAUUAUAAUAUAACCUUAUAAAUAUAUUUUUAAAAUGCAUAUUGUGUGAGGAAUGUAGAUUUAUAUAUAUAUAUAUAUAUAUAUAUAUAUAUAUAUAUAUAUAUAUAUAUAUAUAUAUAUAUAUAUAUUAAUUGUAAACAUUUGAUUAGUCUGAAUUAUCAAUCAACAGCCCAUCUUAAAAGAAUGACAAUAGAUAAUUGAAAUUGAUGUUUUUACAUACAGUAUAGAGGUGUUAAGUUCUUUAAAAAAAUUUUUUUUAAAUCCAUUAAUCAUUUUUGCUGCCAAACAAUUUGUAGUAUAUUUUGUAAAGAUACAUUUAAUACUUCAGUUUACAGUCUAAUUCAAGAUCCAGAAAGAAAUUGGUGCUCUGGAAAUGUUGCUCUGGAAAUAGCCAAAUGUAUUUUGAUGAUCAGAAUUUGAUGGAAGUCCAGCCAGAUGGAUUUCUAUACUUGUUUUUGUUUUGCUUUGCUUUUGAUUGUUUGUUUUUACAAUAUGAAAUUAUAUAAUUAUAAGUAAUUAAAAAUUAAGAUAAAGUUUAUAAAUUGG